GGACAUGUCAUUUUGACGCCCCAUUCAACGACGUUAACGCGGAAAAUAGUUACCCUCCACCUGGUAACUCAAUUACUCACUCAGUUUUACCCUCCCCUCUGGUAACUCAAUUACCCAUUAACCCCUAUUAAAUUUCCUUCCAUUAGAAUCGGCGGAUCUAGAAGUUUCGGGUGUAGGUGUCGUCGGGCGAUGUUGUUUGUGGAUUUACUCGGACUAGGCUGCGCGGAUCUGGUAGUGUAGGGUUCGGGUGUCGUCGGAUUAGUUGUUGUUGUUUGCGGAUUUACUCGGAGUAGGCGGCGGUUCUUGAAGCGUCGAGUUCGGGUGUCGUCUGAGUAGGCGGUGUUGUUUGCGGAUGUACUGGAAGUGAUUGGAGAAGAACGGCUGUGAAGCUGGUGUAGCUGGUAGGGUGAAGCUGCUGUAACAGAAGCCGUAGUUAGUCUGACGAUGUCGGUAGAUAGGAUCACUGGUAAACGUAAGAGCACUGUGUAUGAAGAAUCUGUGGUUGGUGAUACUGAUGGUUCUCAGUUGAAGAAUGAUAAGGAAGUAGUCGAGGUUUCCUUUAAUAAGGCUAUCCGAAAGAUAUUGACAUUGCACCGUAAUCUAUUUAAGGAGAUAACAUAAGUGUUGGAGGCUGUGUGAAAGCUAGAGCAGAGGUGAUUUCAUGGCGUAACAAUUGUUGUGGCAGGCCUCCUAAUAUGAAAUGCCGUGUUGAAUCAUUUGGUAGAAUUUGUCAAAAAAUUGAUGAGCGUAGGAAACGAUGGGUUAAUAAAAUAGGAUUUGGGGGCUUGUUGCACCUUGCGUUUGAUAUGCAUUUGCCUCGGCAAUUGUCUUACUGGGUUAUGACUCGCAUUGAUUCGAUUAGCCAAAAGAUGAUAACUUCCGGUAGAGAGUUUAAGCUCUCAAAGAACCAAGUGAGGUGGGUUUUAGGCAUUCCAAAUGGUUCUAGAAGUGUUCCGACCACUAAAACCAUGACUAAGGAAGGGCGUAUGAAAGUUCAAAAUAUGCUUCUACGAUAUGGGAAAUCAUGGGAAUAUAAGUCCAGUAAACCCUGUGGUAGGGUGUAUACGUCAGUUAGUAUACCAGUUACCGGGGAGAUGAUAGAUAGGUUAGAGGGAAACUUUGAGGAAAGUGAAUAAGAGGUUUUCAAGACCUUUUUUUUUAUUGUUGCGUUGGAGAUGGUAUUGUGCCCAACACAAUCACCCAGACUUGCAGCUGAUCUUCUUCCUGCUAUUAGCUAUGCAAUGGAUGCGGUUCAAUAUGACUGGUGUGGUUUGGUCCUUUCCAAAUUCAUGGACAGCGUGACCACCUUUGCCCGUCGGUUUUACGCAAAAGGAUUUGCUAGUGGCUGUGGUGGAUGCGCAAUAUUUUCUAUUAUAUUCUAUUUGGAUAGGUUGGAUAGAGAUCCUGUGGAUUGGGAUGCAUUUCCUAGAAUUAAGGUUUGGAAUAUGAAACAGAUAGGUAUGGCAGCUAAGUGUGACAAGUUAAGUUCAGGGGACUAUGGGAACUUAGGGGUGUUGGAUGUUGCGUAUGGGGAGAAACACCCGAGAGAUGCACGGGAUACCGGAGGUCCAUCCUAACAUGGAAUCCUGAAUUAGGAAUUACCACAAUCUGUAGUUGGAUUUACGUCUCGGCAAAGGAGGGGUUGUCCACCGACGCAUGAAUAGUAUUGGUUUAAAUUCUUUUUCCAUUCUAAUAAUCAGUUUUCUCAAUUUUCGUUUGUGUUGUUUUACGUAAUAAUCUUUUUUAAUAAUCAUCUCUUAAUAAUCUGUUUGUGCACUAAUUCAUAACAACAAUUUUCUAAUGAGCGUUGUAUUGAACCUGUAGUUGAUUAACUUUCAUGGCUGUAAUUUUAGGCCCACUAGGAUAUUAUUAUGUUGGGCAACUACAACUGGCCACUUGAGAUCCAUUAGGUUCAGAAAAUUAUGUUGUAUUUACGUUAGCAAUGGUUGAGGCCCAAUAUCAUGUAUCCCAAACACACAGUUGUUGAAAAUUUUACCCUACACCCUAGUGUAGGGUGUGUUCCCUACACCCCCCCUAUGCUACGUCGUUUUGUAGCUGGUAUUGAGUUCCCUUUUGCGAUUCUUUCCUUUUUUUUUUUUUUUUUUUUUCCUUUUUUUCUUUUUUUCUUUUCUUCCUCUUUUUUCCUUUUUCCUUUGAUUCUUAUUAUUCAAUUUAUGUAUAUAUAUGAUUUUAAACCCUAUUUUUUCUCUCUCUUCAAUUGAUCAACCAACCUCCAUUUUUGAUCUACAUUUUUCUCUCGCUAAUUCAUCUUCUUCAUUUGAUUUUUUGAACGAAUUCGUUAAUUGUUACCGAUCAUCAAUGGCGAAUUCUGCAUCUGGAGAUUGCGUUGAUUUUGAUCGCGAUUGCGAGCGUGUGUUUCCUUCUGGACUUCGUUUCGUUGAUUCGUUUGUGCAACAAUUGGAAAAAAAUGAUGAUAUUAUGUAUUUAGAAGCAGAACAGUCUGAAUUAAAGGAUAAAGAAUUUAAAUCUGAAGAUGAAGCUUUCGAAGCGUAUAAUGAAUAUGCUUUUAGGAAAGGUUUUGGAAUUCGAAUUGGGAAGAGUAAGAGAAGAAGAGAUGAUUCUUUUUUGAUGAAAAGAUUUGUUUGUUGUAAUGAGGGAUUCAAAGAUAAUAAGUGUAAGAAUAAAAGGAUUUAUGAGAAGUUGGAUCAUCGAACUGGUUGUUUAGCUUUUGUGCAGUUUCAUAUUGAUCAUUUAGGGGUCUAUACAUGUACAAGACAUGAAAUGGUUCAUAAUCAUGCUAUGAUUCCUCCUGAAAAAAGGCAUUUGAUAAGGUCUCAAAGAGAUGUGAAUAAAGAGCAGCUUCUUUUCAUUUCAACAAUGAAAUUGAGUGGAGUCAAAGUUACUGAUUCUUUGAGGGUUCUAAAGAAGGAGGUUGGGGGAUCUCCUAAUCUUUGUUUUACUGCUUCUGAUGCUUAUAAUGCAUUGUCAUCUGAAAAAGCUGCCCAAAUUGAAGGAUGUGAUGGUAACCAAUUGAUUAAAUAUUUUGCCAAGAGACAUGUGGAUGAGACAGAUUUUUAUUAUGAUUUUGAACAAGAUGAUAGUGGUGCUUUAGUUAGUUUUUUUUGGCGUGAUGGUAGGAUGAUGAGAGAUUAUCAUUACUUUGGAGAUUUGUUGGUUUUUGAUACAACUUAUAGAACUAAUAAAUAUGGAAUGAUAUGUGCUCCAUUUGUUGGGAUGAACCAUCAUGGUAACAAUGUCAUGUUUGGUAUGGGUUUUAUUCUUAAUGAGCGCACCGAGUCUUUUGAUUGGUUGUUUGAUACAUUUUUGCACUCAAUGGGGAGGAAAAGUCCCAUUACAAUUAUGACUGAUCAAGCACAAGCGAUUGCAGCGGGUAUAAGAAACAUUUUUCCUUCAACUGUUCAUCAUCGUUUAUGUGUAUGGCAUCUUGAACAAAAUUCUAAGAAACACAUUGGAGCAUUGAGAGCUUUGGAAGGCUUUACAGAUUUGUUUGGAUAUCUUUUGAAGUAUUGUGAAACUCCUGCUGAAUUUGAAUAUUUCUGGAAAAGGAUGUGUGAUAAAUACAAAUGUGAAAAUGAUGAUUGGUUAUGUGAUUUGUAUAAAAUAAAGGAAAUGUGGUGUCCUGCUUAUUCUAAGAAGUAUUGGUCUGGUGGUAUAUUGUCUUCUCAACGUAGUGAAACUACUAAUAAGUCAGUUUCACAACGUCUUAAUAAGACUCAAGGUUUAUGUGAUUUUUAUCAUGUUUUUCUUGAUGUCAUUUCUGAGUGGAGAAGUAAGGAAGGUGCAAGAGAUUACAAUACUCUGCCAAUCCUUUUAACUGAUAGAAAAAAGAGUAAAAAUUGUUUAGAAGUUUGUAUUGUGAUGAAGACAUGAACAAUUAAUAAAAUAUAAUUGAUCAUGUAGUCAACUAUAAAUGAACAUAUUAUCUCACCAUCAUUUUUGGU